AUGACGAGAGGGGUGAAUGGUAAAACCAUCCCUUUCUUGGACUUGAUUGGUCUUUGUGCAUCUUUUGUUGUACCUUCAUCAAGAUCGCCAUCGGUCUCCCCUGCUGCCUGCUUCUUGGAUACGAUACGUAAUGGCGAUGGUGAAAAGAACAACAUAGAGUCCCGCGAAACCAAAAAGGGCACCAAGACCAAUCCAAUACCAGCUCUCGUGAGUGGGAAUGAAAUAUACAAGACGCGAAGAUCGAAAGUUCUAAAACAAGAAUCGAUCACCUCUAGGAAGUGCGAAUCCUCCGAAAAGGAUCACCAUAAGAAGAACAAGCGCGCCACAGACAUCAGCUACCACUUUCGUUCUACAUACCGCUAA